AUGAGACGGCUGUGGAACUUUUUUCAUCCGCCUCCUCCGGAGCCUCCGAAGUGGGUCCCCAUUCUUGGAGAGAUGCAGAAGACCCUCCAGAUGGCCGAGUAUCUGCCCCUCCGCCCGCUGCCCAUGUUCGAGAGUAACUUUACCCAGGUGACCAACACUGGGACUCCUGCGUUAUUGCACAACAAAUCCAACAAGCUGACUAUGGGUGUCGCAGCAUCCUUGCCUGGCCUAGUGCUGCCUGACAUUCUGUUGAUUGCUCGGCCCCCAGAGGGGCAGGAGUGCUCCAGUCUCAUCCUAACCAGGAUGAUCCCAUUAGACCUUGCCAGCCUCUAUGUCCAUGACCUGCCCACCUGGCGUCUGAAGCUGCGCCUGAGAACCGGCCGCCACUAUUUCCUGGCACUGGAUGCCCCUGAACAUGAGCUGGCCUUUCUGUUUGACCGCUGGAUUCGACUCAUCAACAUGCUUCGGGAGCCUAAAUUAUCCUGGCCACCAAAGAACAGGGACAACUCCCAGCUGGACACAACCCUAGAAGGAAAUCUUGCCUCCACAUGGCACUUUCAGACCCAGCCUCAAGGCGAACUUACAGUUGAAGUCACUGGCCACACCUUUCCUUGCAAAAUAUUCUCUUCUCAAAAACCAAAGAAGACCAAGGUGAAGCUGACCAAGGUGAAGCAGCCUGGACAGCCAAUCAAGCACACGCUCAGGUCUCAGGCUGUGGGUGACUCUGUGCCUCUCAUCUGGUCACAACUGCAACCUUCUGAGGAUCCAAUGAAAGUCACAAAAAAAAAGUCCUAUUUAGAUGCCUGCUCUGACAGACCCGAAUCUCUUAUCCGUGUUUCUGAAAAGGCCAGCAUCACCAUCCGGACCAUCUUCAGCAUCAUCUCGAACUCGAUAAACCAGGCCUACAAAUCUGAUUCUGAGGAAGACACAGGCCGGUGUGGUCUAAUUGAGACUCCUACAAAGUGCAUCUCUCGGGACAGCAGCAAAUUACCUGUCCUGGUCUCCUCUGAUCACCUGGACACCCUCCUGUGGGCACAAAACCUUGAAGACUUCACAGAUACUGAAUCCACCACACUAACUUCCUUAAACACAUCUCACCCUCCUGCCUUCUACAUCUUUCCAAAGUCUAAAGACAAGGCCAGGUCCACAGGCUCAGAGAAACAUAUGAGGCCACUGUCCCCCCACAAGGCUGCAUCUGUCCCCAUCAAAUCAGGAAAAAUGCCAUUCAUUUUGGACAAGUCUAAGAAGCUGCCAGCUAAGCCUGCUACAGCUCAGAUGGCCACAGGUCUUCCCAUUCCGUCUCCGAAGACUCCAACUUCACCGUGGUCAAGACAGAAGUCUUCAGCCACACCUCAGCCUUCUGUUUCCCAGAAGACCCCAACUAUUCCUGGACACCCCUGGAAGCCCCAAGUUGUAACUGCUCCAACCCAGAACACUUUAACACCGAAGCAGAAGCUUCUACAAGCACCUGCACGUUCCCAGGAAGCCAUGCACCCCCAAAAGGACCAUCUACUUAUAAAUACCCCGUCUCAGAAGGAUCCAACUGCCCGGUACCAGAAAGCUCUCGACUCAUGGGCAAAGGCCCCUGUGGAUCCUAGCACAUUACAGGAAGGAGACGUGCUUGAGAGAAAGUCUGAAGGGAAACAGGAGCCAGUGUUGUUGAUGGAAGAGAAGAAUACAAAGACGCUAGACAUGAGGGCCCAAACUAUGCCCCUGCAUCUGCCCCUUGCCACUACCAAGAAGCACUCCAAGGAGCUCUUGAUUAGCAAAACCCAAGAGGUCACGCCAGAGGCCUUGAAGGGCAGGGAGGACAGGGCCCACAAGAUGGAGGAGGAGACAACUGUGAACAUGCCUGAUCUAAAGUCCAAGGAGACAGAGAUUCAGAAGAAUUGGGUCUCGACCAAGGAGAUGGCUGUUGAGGACCCCUACACAGAGGACAAUAGGCCCUUCUCUGCAGAGGGGCUUGCCCUCGCCAAGAUGGUAAUUAUGGCCAACUCCAAACACCAGCACCUGAAGCCAGCUACCAUCUCUCUGCCCUCCUCGUUCUCUAGGACUUCUAAGGUGUCUACCAUGUCCGUGUUGGCCAGCUUGUCCCUCAAGGCCAGCCAGCUGACCUUUCCAGAGGGUACACCAAUAGUGGUCAUAGAGCAAUCAGGGUCCCAUACUAAAUUAAACAAGGAGAGAACACACCUCCAGAUGGAGAGGAAUCUGCCUGAAGACUUGCCAAGAACUUCCCAGGAACCCACGAGUUUGGAUGACAUGUCAAGGCCAAUGACAUUCUUCACCUACACAACGUCCCCCACCUAUGGGACCUCAGUCACAGUGCCCCAAAGGCCUGCAGUGCAACACCAAGGAUUCAAGGAACAAUCACAGCAUCCUCCUUUGGUGGUGACAGAGUUAACCUCAGAAAUUCCUCCUGUCACUUUGCGAAUGGAGAAUAAGGGAAAAAUGGCCACAAAAGUUGGGGUGCCAGUGAAGGAAUCUGGUGCCCGUCAUAGUCAGCAGCAACCCAAGGAUUUAAGAUAA